GAAAAAUUUGUCACAUGCAGACAUACUGGAAACAAAUAGAAGUGCAUAUGAUGCCUCCUUAUGGAAAACCGCUGAAACUUCCGAAGUUUACGAUAUGAAGAGGAAAGGUAUACGACAGGCAUUUUCCGCCAGUGAUAUAAAAUCUGUGGAUACCUUACCCCCUUUAGAUAUAUACUUAUUCAGAUUAAAAUGUAAAACAAGAAAACUGCGACUCGAUACAAGGCGUCCAAGUUAUCUGGAAUGGAGAGCUAGUUUAAAGAGAUAUCGUGCGGAAAAUGAGCACGAUUUGGAUAGGAACAAAGGUGUUCCAAACGACCAGGAUUUCGAGAAAAUCAACAAUUCUCUAAAGUGGAUUCGCGAGGAGUUGACAAAAAUGAGAGAACAGGAUCAAGACUUGGCUCGUCAGUUCUUGACAAUUCACAGUGAUAUACAGAAACUAAGAUUAGAGUGGAGUUGGCAAUACCAUGAAUUCAGUCUGCAAGACGCUUUAAUUGAUUAUCAGGAAGUGGAAGAAAUUAAGCGAAUAUCUGACCUACCUCUCGUCUCGGAUACUGAAAUGUCAUUAGUGGAUAGAGGCUUAACUAAAAUGAACUUAUGUCAUAGAAAAUAUUCAGUUACGUAG